AUGGUGGACACUAUGAGCUCUUACACCAACAAUACAUCAGGUAGACGCCGCUUAAUAACCAAAACAGAUGCGGAGGAAAAAGCACUCGAUAAAAUAUCUCGUGAGGCUGAAGCACGCAUGCGUGUUAAACGUGAAACGCGUGAGCAAGCAAGACAGCACCGUUACACUCUCCUGGAAAAACGUGUCGAAGAGGAUGCUCAGGUCUACCGUCAGGAUGCUGCGUCAACUUCUAAUGGUCUACAAAACUGCAUCGACGGGACUGCCAAGCUGCAGGACAAGGUCGUGGAGUUGGAAGACCGAUUUCAACAAGCAAUGUUCCUUUAUUCUCAACUAGACAAUGAAAAAUCGUCUUUAUUAUACGAGGUGGACUUGUUGAAAGACGAACUAGAGGAGAAAGAAGUUUUACUCCUGCAAUCCAACCGAGAAUAUCGCGACAUUAGCAGUGAAGUCAAGUUGUUAAAAAGGACAAUUGAAGCAAUGAAUGCCACACAACACAAUCUAAAAGCAGAAAUCGCGCAACGUGAUCAUUUGAUUCAAGAAAACGGGCUCGUUUUGGUGGAGCAGGAGGUGGAUGAAGCAUCCCAAGUGUCCGUAGAUAGCAGCGGAUCCUCUAUCAGCAUAAAACCUGGACCAUUGUUGUUUUCCGCUGAAACAAUCAAGCUCGUAGAACGUGCAGUGCCGGGUUCAUCAAGUCUCGACCAAAAAGUUCGGAAACUUGUUGACACGAAUAAGAAAAUGCGAAAAGAUUAUGAGGAGAUGGAGCAAUCCAUUUAUAAUCAGCGAGUAUCGCGUGCCAAUCAUCAAGCAAGUGUCGCUGGCCAUGGCCUUUCCGACGAAGUAAAUAAAGAGGCUGCGAAGCAGUUGGCUGAGCUCAAGUUCAAGCUACAAGAAGCCGAACGCGAGAAUACCAAUCAUCAAGGCAAUAUCAUUCGAGUCGAAGGCCAGUUGAAACGAUUUAAAGCGAAUGCUGAAGCACUUGAAAAGGAGCUGGACGAAGUCAAGACACAGAACCGGCAGCUCAAAAAAGAGCUUCGUGACAAGGAGAACGCCUUAGAUGAGCAAAAGGAAACGAACAAACAUCUACAGAGUCGCCUGGAGAAGUACCGGAACCAGAGAGCACGCCCUCUAUGA